AUAGAUGACUUGCACGCUGUGGCAUGACAUCGUAAAUCUGCAAUUUUUCUUCGCGCGUGCAGGUCCCGGGCUCGGCCUUUUCCCGCAGUACAUAGUACUCUACCAUCCUGCAUCCGGGUUGUGCAUUGGACAGGACGACUGGCUUAACACACCGUUGAGGUUAGGCUCCUGCGACGCUCCGAGGGGCUGGACAUACACGCCCCAAAAAACCAUUCAAUUUAUCGGCGCGGUGGGCUGCCUGAAGGAAUCAGGCCCCGGCCAGAGGGUGACGCUGGUAGACGAAAGCGACGAUCGGCGAUCCAAAUGGGAUCUGAUAUCGGAGUCCAAAAUGCACGUAUCUUCUCAGAGCGGGAGUAAUCUGUGUCUGGAUGUUGGGUCUGAUGGCAGUACCCUCGUGACGAAUCCGUGCAGGUGUCUCAGCGAAGAUGAGGAGUGUGAUCCUCAGAGCCAGUGGUUUAGGCUGGUUCCUCGUACUAGGCCUAUUCCACAAUCUAUUAUACCUUAGCAUGUGACAAACGAGUCGAAGAAAAUUCCAAUAAAACAUAAUUUUUGCCCAGUUAUUUUGAAGGUAGUGCGGCCUCUUAGUUUUGUCUGAUAGUAAUUAAACAUGAAGUCGCAUUACGAAACGCAUCCUAUAUUUAUUGCCUUUGAUGGAAAGGCGACCUUUAUACUCAUUAAAUCCUCAUGCUAUA